AGCAUUCGGAAAUUAUAGCCCAAAAGCUCGAAUUGCCCUCAAAGUCCAAAUAUCUCCAUCCUGAUCCUUAGUGUUUUGCAUACUUGUGCAAAACGUGUUGGAAAUAGUUCAAGAAAGGUUUAUACUGAGCCAGAAUUCGAUGAAAUAUCUAGGAAAAACACUUUUGCAAGCCAUCUGCAGCAGCGCAAAACACUAAGCCAAAAAUUGAGGAGGCAGGUGUUUUCUCUCCGAUAAUAAUAAAGAGAGCUGUCGAAUGGUUCAUUCUGGCGAUUGCUGGCUGUGGUCAAAUUACUAAGAUUUAAGUGUUAUUCUAUUCGCUAGAUAGCAGAAGAUCUCUAAUUGAAACAGAAUUCAACUUGUCAACAACAUCUUUAUGUUACAAAGUAUAGUUCGAGAAGGAUGUGAGAAAGAAGUGAAAAAUAUGAAAAUUAACAGGAAGACGACAUUUUUAACAUAAGAAAACGGGUUUCUUUUGUUAAAAACAUCUAAGAAAAGACUUCUCUAAGUUCUUGGAAAGUGUGCAAAGAAACCUUUUGCUCAGUUUUACGAAUUAACAUUGCCAAAGUUCGACAACAUAUGUAAUAAUUGGCAGUUCUACUUGCUGCUUCAUAGAUUCAAAUGGCGUCAAUAACAUCAAGGGUAGCAGCAAAUCAGUCGAGUUUCAAAGGAACAAUGGCUCCGAACAGUUCAUCUGCACAGUUCUUGAGUAUGGUGGAUCUGAAUUACCUGCACGAUGAGCUAAUGCUGGUCGAUACCAUUUCUAAAUACAUUGCGUUGAUCUCGAUUAUAUUAAGCACAUCUGGUAACAUCCUUAUCAUCGUCUGCCACAUAAAGUUACAGAUACACUCCUCGUAUAAAUGCUUGAUAGUCAAUCUGGCCAUAAGUGAUUUGCUGUAUUCAGUGAUGCAAAUAUUUCGGGUUCACAGUAGAUUCCGCUCCAGCGAGUGGCACUUUGGGAGAUUUCUAUGCAAGAUGAUGUUACUGUCACCGAGCUCACUCACUUGUUCCAUGUUUACCAUGAGUUUUAUGGCUGUAGAUCGUUUUAUAACGAUUGUAUACCCAUUUAGACCCCGUUUGAAGAUAAGAAAGACAAUUAUUGUCACCACUUUGUUGUGGAUUUUUGCUAUCAGCAUACAUGCUCCCUUUGCAACGAAACGAGACAUAGUGCUGCGCAAAGGCAAGACUAUGUGCUUAUACACAUGGAACUUCGGAGACGACGACAAGAAGCUCUACCAUCUUGUCAGCUUCAGCGUAACAUACCCCAUACCGAUACUGAUUAUUCUGAUAUCGUCAAUUAACAUCGUUUACACAGCUUUAAAAGGGGUACCGAAAACGGCUGGGAAAAUGCAUUCAGGAGGAGGUAAAAGUGUGAACCCAUUCAAAAAGUACAGAAAACUUUUCCUGACGUUCAUAGGCAUUUUCCUCGUAUUCAUAAUCACAACAACACCGAACCAAGCUUUGAUUUUGUGGUUGAAUUUCCCAUCGAAAACAAAAACUUCUUUUCGCUCUGCACGCUAUACAUUCUUCAUCCUCUACAUGUUUGCUCCAUUAGUCAAUGUACAUGCUUGGAUGAACCCUCUCAUAUACAGUUUCUCGGAUGAAAAGUUCAGAUCGGCAUUGGUUCAGAUUGUAUCCUGGAUAUGGUGCAAAACCGAACAUGAUAAACCUGGUGAAAGACUUUUGAAACAGACGCCCUACGAGAGGCACGACAUUAAUCAAGAGUGGAAUCAACGAAACUCUGAAACAAAGACAACGGCCAAGGUUUAGACCGCAGUUAUAGGGACUGGCAUAGGAGCCAGGGACAGAGAAAACUCACAUGUUCCUUACUUUCUGCCAAAGUUGAUAAUUAUCUUUUUAUUGAUGAGCAUUGCCUCUCUUAAAUUUUCUAACUCUCUAAGUUAGAAAUUUGGAAAAUGCUGUCUUGCAUUGUGAUUUAUUUGUUUCUGUGAAUUUGGUCUCUUAUCGACUCGAAUUCAAAAAUUGGAAAAUAAGAUAAAGAAUUGUCUAAUGCUAAUUGGUGACAUAUUUGGAGAAAGUUCAGAUCUAUUGGACAUAGACUCAAAACACACGGCAUUAUGAAAUUAUGAAAAUAAGUUCUAUACGAAAAAUGUUGGAACCAAAACCGAUUUGCUUAUUCUAAUAAGUAUGUAAAUAAGCGGAGAACAUGUAGGGUAGAUUUUUUAAACACAUUGCAUAUUACAAGAAGAAUUUAAAGCAUUCUUUCUUCUUUUGGAGAUAAAAUGGACACAGUAAAGGAAAGAAAAGGACAGUCUAGGAAACGAACUAGCUAGGAAAGGAACUGUGGCCAAAAUUUUCAUCACGUUUGCAGAAUUAUGAGCUUAAUUUCUUUCAAAAUGUGGCAUUAUUGGCAUGCAAAAUAAAGCACGUUCCCUUCAGAUGGCCGAUCGUUUUUGCAAAGUUUGCAACAACUCUCAAAAAAGCAUCGUUCCCGUCAGUCUACUUUUCAUGGCGUUUUAACAAAUCAUCGGAGUCAAAUGUCACUGAAUUCAAAUUCAAUAAAGUUUCCGAAACGGAGGUCCUAAAACAAAUUGCUGUCGGAAAACCAAUUUGGAUUUCGCAAAUACCUAUCGACUGAAAUUGCUACAGCUUACUUCACUGAUCAAAUCCGAAAGGCAAUGGACAACGGCCAUUACACCGGUGCAGUUUUCAUAGACCUAAGUAAAGCUUUUGAUACCAUCAGCCAUUCUAUCCUGGUCGACACUCUCCCUGAAUAUGGCAUCUCAGGGAAGGCUCAGGAUUUGUUGUGCGACUAUCUGUUCUCAAGAUCACAACAGGUCUCGUUUCAAGGAAAACUGUCAUCUGCGGAACCAAUAUUCUGUGGCGUCCCUCAAGGAUCAAGACUCGGACCGCUCCUGUUUAUCUUGUAUUUCAACAGUGCAAUCAAAACACUAUCACAUUGCAAAAUGCUGAUUUUUGCCGAUAAUACAGUCUUGUUUUGUUCUGGAAAGGAUGUAGGCGAUAUCCAAAAACAGUCAAAUGCCGACUUUCAAUCAUUUGCCUGCUGGCUUGACAAAAAUGAGCUUAUCAUAAAAACCAAGAAAGGCAAAACAGAGGUUAUGGUGUUUGGUACUAGCCAAAAACUCAACAAGCUUGAGGAGACACCUAUCCAAAUAAUGCAUAGGAACAAAGAAAUACAAAACACUAAGACCUACAAUUAUCUAGGUCUCAAUCUAACAUGCAAACUUAACAUGUCUGAUCACUUGAAUGAAUCUAUUAAGAAGACUUCUGCUAGACUACACCUACUGAAAAAAAUGCGAGCCUUCAUGGACAGAAAAACUAGUACUCUUGUCUACCAAACAAUGAUAACUCUUCUUCUGACGUACUGUUCAUUCUCGCUAUAUGGUGCAACACCCCCAUAUUUAUUUGGUUUGGUUUUGCAAUCCAAGACUUUCUACUGGUAAAAUAUGUCACAAACCCUACUUUGUAUGUUCCUUUUACUCCUUAGGCCCCUCUCCAUAGCUUGCUUACAUUUUCCCGUAGGCUCAUUCAUUUUAAGAUCUUCUGUUUUGCUUAUCAUUAUUGUAGGCAUCCCCUUGCCGCACGUAAGCAAGUCU